UCGUCACACUGCUCUCGCGGUGUAACCGGUGAUGAACCAACUCUCGCAGUCUCGAAUUAAUACUCCUCGAAUCGACUACUGUCGGAACUUGGGUUGCAUUCGAUUAAACACAGUUUAUUUAACGUCUCCAUCGUUUCUUCGACAUGCGGACUCGGUGGAUUCUCCUGUGUUCCCUCAUGUUUUUCGCGCUGUGUUCAGCGGCGAAGGAUGCCAGCUCCGAAUCGAGCAAGUUCAAGAUCUUGGCGAUAUUCGGCCACAACGGCAAGAGCCACUUCGACGUUUUCAAACCUCUUCUGGAGUCCUUGGCACGCCGCGGUCACGAUCUGACGGUGGUUUCUCAUUUUCCUAGAAGCGAGAAAUCGAUCGCGGCGGAACCACUGCCUAACUACAAGGACGUCAGUCUGUUGGACGGGGAGCACAACGUUAUGAUAAACGUGAUCGAUCUGCGCGAGAUGGACGACACGAUCUUCAAAAUGAUCAAGAAUAUAUACAUGCUGAGCGUGAUGGCGCGAAUGACUUGCGAGAACGCGUUAAAGAAUCCCGAAUUGAAAAGGAUAGUCGAGUCGGGAGAAAAGUUCGAUUUGGUGAUAACGGAGAGCUUCAACACCAAUUGUUUCAUGCCUGUGAUUAAAAAGUUGGACGCUCCCUUUGUCCAAAUAUCUACUCACCAAUUGAUGGAUUGGGCCAUAGAUCAAUUGGGGGCUUCCUACGAGGCCAGCCACAAGCCGUCGAUCUUUAGCGGUUUGGAAAGGCCGAUGAACUUUCUUCAGAGAACGUGGAACGUUCUAGCGACAUGGUUGGCGACGUCUGUCUACGAUACCAUAUUCCACUGGCACGAUCAAUCCUUGGGAGAGAAGUACUACGGCCCGGGGGUCCCGGAUGUGAAGGAGAUCAGUAAGAACGUGUCGUUGAUGCUGCUCAACACGCAUUAUUCUCUUCACGGUGCCCAACUGUUUCCGCCCAAUAUCGUCGAAGUGGGUGGAAUGCAUUUACCAUCGAAACCGAGUCCCCUACCGAAGGACGUCAAGAAGUUUCUGGACGAGGCUCGCGAAGGCGUCCUGUACUUUAAUCUCGGCUCGAUGAUCAAAAUGGCUAGCGUACCGGAAGAAAAAUUGACCGCUGUUUUGAACGUGCUAAGCUCCAUACCAAGAAAAGUAAUUUGGAAGUGGGAGACCGACCAAGUGCCCUUGAAAUCCAGCAACAUUCUCGUGAAGAAAUGGCUGCCGCAGUUCGACAUACUGAGUAAGUAAAAACGCCUCGUUUCUUCCU